AUGUUACUCGGUUAUUUUUUGAGGUUAUGGGCGGACUAUCAAGUUAUACUUUCGAGCUGUUUUAUGUUAGCAUGUGUCGUUGUACUUUAUACAACGAAUCGCAACAAAACACGGCUGGCAAAAAAGAAACACAGUUUGGAACAGACUACUGAAAAAGAGUAUACUGAUAAAAAGGUUGUUCAAGGUUUACCGACUGUUAAAGAAAAAACAACCGUGAAGAGUCUUCCAAAAAGAUUCAAACCUCGCUUAGUUAAAAAGAAUUCAGGUCAAGCUAGUAAUGGUUCAGGUGAACAAACAUCCUGUUGCAGUGGGAAUGGCGAGGAGUGUUGCAAGAAUCAACUUUCGCAAGAAAUGCCCUGCACCAUAACAAAGGAACUAACAAAAGAAUUCAUUAAAAUAUUUUAUGCUACGCAAACUAGAACAGCAAAAUAUUUUGCUCAACAACUUUAUGAGUCAUUCCUGGAGCGUUGUGAAUGCUCAAUGAUGGAUAUCAUCAAUUAUGAAACUGAAGAUUUCUUGUCGGAAACAGCAAUUUGUAUAUUUAUCAUAUCUACAUAUAAUGUUGAAGGGCCUCUUGAUUGGUUUUAUAAGUGGUUGGAAGAUACAAGAUACGAUUUUAGGGUAGAUAAACAAGCGUUAUCUAAGAUGAGGUUUGCAGUGUUUGGACUUGGUGAUUCUGCUUAUGGUGAACAAUUUUGCAAUCAACCUAGAAAUAUCGACAAAUGGUUAGGUCAAUUAGGAGCGAAACGAUUAUAUCCAUUAGGCGAAGGUGACAAAGAUUCAGAUCAAGAAAAAAGUUUUGAAGCUUGGAAACUAUCUCUUGUCAAUGUAUUAUUAGAUCCUUCAACUGCAACAAAUAAUGAUUUGAACAACCAGAUACAUGAUUCAUACAAGUUGGUAGACGUUGAGGAUAUGGGCGCAUUAGCUCCUAAAUUACAAUCCGCGCGUAAAUCAAAAGAAGAAGAACUUGCAAAUAAAAAUCGCAAUGGACAACCAAAAAGGUCUUUAAUUGAACAAGAGACUCAUACAAAAGAACCUAAGGAAAUGGUUACUCCAAUGCUCCGUAAAUCUUUGACUAAACAAGGAUAUAAAGUAGUUGGAUCACAUUCAGGUGUUAAAAUAUGUC